AUCGCAGGUCAUUCGUAUCGCAGAUUCCAGAUCCAGCAGUAACUGUAGUGUCCUCGCAGCAUUCAGCAAUACUGUUAUAAAACGCGAACUAGAUAUUUGCUGAGAAGAAUUACCUCCGGUAGUAGUGAUUGCAAAGUGCAACGAUAGAUCGGAGAUAGUUUGGAAUGGCUUCAAAUAUGGUUACUAGCAUCCUGACUGCGGUACUGUGUGCGUUUUUCCUGCAGCUGCACGGAGUUCCGGUGCCUUUCGACAGGGACAGUACACCUGAACCGUUGAGCUCUCUGUUUAACUCGCCCAGUUCAGAGAACGAGAUCGAAUCGAAUGAAUCGUCGGAGUCAGGAAACGGCACUCAUCAGGAAUUAUAUGUGGUUAAGGCUAUAGUCUACGAAGUCGGUAUUCUAGUCAACGUACCCGACAACGAAACAGACGACUACCCAAGCAGUGAGCAACAAGUGGACGUGACAUUCUUCAGUUCCUCGUCGAACAAAUCCCACAUUAAUCUGGGUAACAUCCCUCUGCCGGUGGCAACCAGUGUGAACGGACAGGUACUAACCGGUAUCGCCCCGGUUCAUAUCGGUGCGGUUUCCGAUUUAAGUCAGGUCCUGCAGACGCUCCCAUUCACGGGUACGAUCGUGAAUAUUACGCAAACCAACACCUCCUAUAUUGAGCUGUCACAGCAGAAUAUUAGCAGCCUAAGCGACUCGGCCAAUGUUGUAAGUGUGUCCGAUUUGGCAAAGCUCCCGCACAUUUCGUCGCCGAUUAGUCAUCCGCUGAUACCGACGUCACUGGAUCAGACGAUCAGCAAUCUGGCGGAUGUUGAUACGGUAUAGACUAGGAAAACGGCGAGGGGCAAUUCUGAGAUUUGACCAUAGAUAACAAAAGUCGCACAUCACCGACGUCUGUUUGUGCAGUUAAUUACGAUAUGUAUGUGAUCUUAUUUUUUGCUGUUAUUUUGGUUCGCAUAGUAAAUAAAUAUGACAAGGAGUGUUUUUGCUAUA